AUGAUAGAGAGGCUGCUCAGGCUGGUCUCCCAGAAGGCCCCCGGCGCCGAUGGCCCGAGCCCCUGCCCUCCUCCGGCGGCGAGGGAGAAGGCCGCCGCCGGCGGGACUAGGAAGAGGAGGAAGCUGGCCCAACCUCAGAAGAUAGUCGCCGGCUCCGUCCAGUCGUCAUCCCCUCCAUGCGACGGCGACGGCGACGGCGACGGAGAGGGAGAGGGAGAGAAGAGCGAGGGCCUCCUCUGCCGGAAUCUCGCCUGCCAGGCGAUCCUCGACCCGGAGGACGCCUUCUGCAAGAGGUGCUCCUGCUGCAUCUGCUACAGCUUCGACGAGAACAAGGACCCCAGCCUGUGGCUGGUCUGCACCUCCGAUCCCCCGUCUCAGGGGGGCAGCUCCUGCGGCCUAUCCUGCCAUCUCAAGUGCGCCCUCAGGGACGAGAGGUGCGGCAUCGCCAGGAACAGCCGCAGCGAGCGGCUGGACGGUGGCUUCUACUGCGCCUUCUGCAAGAAAGAGAAUGGGCUCAUCGGGUAACCCGCACCGUGCAUGUUCUUGAUCAUUAUUCCCCUCUCAGAUUCCUAUAGUUUCAGCUUAGCAGAUUUGCCUAAAUAUAGUCGAGCACCCACCCAUCGUGCUUCAUUCGGCCGAUCGGAUCAUCCCUCGUUUUUGUCAACGCGCAGCAACCUAAGGAAGCAGCUGGUGAUCGCCAAGGACGCCAGGAGGGUGGACCUUCUCUGCAAGCGGGUGUCUUUGAGCCAUCAGAUCCUCAGGGGGACCGAGAGCUACCGGCGCAUACAGACCAUCGUGGAUUCGGCCGCAAAGAAGCUCAAGAAGGAGGUCGGCCCUCUGGACAAGGUCUCCGCGAGGAUGGCCAGGGGAAUAGUCAACCGCCUCGCCUGCAGCGCAGAGGUCCAGAAGCUCUGCGCGUUCGCCAUUGAGGCCAUCGACCUCGUGCUAUCUGAUGGUGCUGCUGCGCCUGAGGCACCCCCCGCCGCCGACGGCGACUCCCAUCAAGGUGAAGUCAACCCAACAGCUCUCUGUCGUUUAUUUUCCUCCGCCUUACCACCUUAUGGACGGGAUCAUCGAUCUUCUCUCUCUCUUUGUCUCUCUGGCGGCGCAGGCUCUCCAAUCAGCCCCGUCGGAUUCGAGGACGUCUCCUCCACCUCCGUGGUUAUCUCAGUUGCGGCGGAGCGCAGGACCAUGGAGGAUGCGGUGGUGGGUUACAGGCUCUGGCAUCGAAGGUCCUGCGAGGUAAACUACUCGGAGGAACCCACCUGCGUGCUGCUGCGGCCGGAGAGGAGGAUCAUGGUCUCGGGGCUCAGCCCGGCGACCGAGUACUCCUUCAAGGUCGCCGCUUUCGGCGGCGCAGGGGAGCUGGGGAGGAAGAGAUGGGAGGCCACGCUGGUCACGAGAGCCUCCUCGAGCGCCAGCAAUGGGUUCAAUUUCUUCCCGGUCGGCGCGGCCUGCGACGGGGAAAGGAAGAGGAACGGAGGAGAGCCGACGACGAUGGCCGUCCACACCAACUCGCAGAGGGGCUCGACGAGCUCCAGCGACAGCCACCGGGAAGGGAACCGCCGCCUUGAGAUCGGCGCCGAGACCGCUGGCGCUGCGGAGGACGUCGGGGACAACAGCGUGAAGCAGCGCCACCAUGCCCUGCGGCCGAGUGAGGCGCCGCCGCCGUUCCUCGCCGGCUCCGAUCGUCUCCCCGCGGGGACUACGAGCAAGUGCGACGCCGCUCCCAAGGCCCAACCGGCCGCCGGCGACAGAGGUGGCGGCGGCGGCGAGCCUGCGGAGCGGCGGUACGAGUACUGCGUGAAGGUGAUCCGGUGGCUGGAGUGCGAGGGGCACAUGGAGAAGGAGUUCCGGGUGAAGUUCCUGACGUGGUUCAGCCUGAAGGCUACGGCUCAGGAGAGGAGGGUGGUCAGCGCCUUCAUCGACGUCCUGAUCGACGAGCCGGCGAGCUUGGUCGACCAGCUGGUCGACUCCUUCAAGGACGGCAUCUGCCAGGGCGAGGAGAAGCCUCCAAACGGCGUCUGCAACGGGAAGCUGGCGGCCAAGGACCACCGCCUUUGCACCAGGCUCUGGCACUGA